GAGAGAGAGAGAAAGGGAGACAUAGGAGAGUCUUAAUUAGCUUCAAAGUCAGUCGGGCGAGGAUAAGUUUCCAUCGUAGGUCCGGCGCCACCCAAUAUUGGAUGGACAUUGGAUGCGUUCCGUAAAAAAGGACUCUAUUCCGCUCUGGAGUCAUCGCUUUUCGGUGGUGUUAAUCAUGGUUCCGCCAGCUUUCCAUAGACCACCGCUGGAGAACUUUGGUUUUUCGAAACGGCAUCAUCCAUUGGGAGGUCCAGGUUGUGUCUGGACUACGUGCGAUCGUAUGAUCUCACCUUACUUUACAAACCUUAACAAAAAACAGGGCGUCGCAAUCAUUUCUCCUGCGAGGUCAAACAAAUACGGUUCCCUACACACAGGGUUAAUUAACUAUCACUUACGGCAGGAUAUGUCUUCAAAAAAGCGACGAUGCGUGAAGUGACCGUCGGCGCGCCAGUUAAAGGGAAGCGAAAGGGAGGCAGUCUAUCCCAAAAACAAGUAUUCUAAAAGGUAUAAAAACCUUAGGGUGUCUCGCAGUGCAGCUGAUCCAACGUGUGUUUGUGUCUGUGUAGGUCGUCAGGCACGGUUGGAGACGUCGUGUCCUUUUUUUCCCCAGUUUUUGAAACUUCCUAUCCUCGUCUGUAUCACGGUCGGAACACAAGCGAAAAACUACACAUCACACAAUGUUGCGCUAUGCGCUCAAAAUGAAUGUGGGGUUCCCCCCACCGCAAGUCUGCAUGUUGAAGUUACGUGGCGUUUUCGUUUUCGCCUGUAAGUGCUUGAUCCUUAAGCCGAAUUUUACGAGGUAUCAAAACAGACGGCCGAUACUGUAUCGCGCAUUUGGAUCCAAAUGGAGAACGGUAACUUAAAUAUUCGAUCGAACCAUGAAAGUCUUCCGUUCCUUUGUCGUUACCGUUUUUUUUUUGUUGGAGAGUCUCCUAGACGAGAGUCCUUGGUCAAUAGUCGCAGUUAUUAAAACAAACCACUAGUGGCCGCUGGUGUGGGAGUAAACGAAGCGUUAUAAACGCAGGACGAAGGAUAUACACGUAAAACACACGCUCACGUGCGUACAUAAAUACACACGGCCUGACGAGGAGGAGGGUGGUGAUAUCAGUUUUUCGAAAUCAAUUCUUCGUUUCCGGCUGUUUUUUUUUGCUAUGUGUGUAUGCUUGGUGAACAGUGUGCGCUCCAGAACUCCGGAACACCCCCAACGAGUCGUUUGAGGCACACGCGGUAUGACACAGAGAGGGAGUUCAACGUUCGUCCUUUUUUUUUUUGAAAUGUGGAGUGUGUAUGGCAGGCUCGCUUACUGCGAGCGAAUGUCCAGAUGGGAGGAUAAAGUUUAAUUGGUUUCGAAGCAGCCCAAUACAGCACACACACACACACAAACACAAGUGAGCAUAUUAUGUAGCUGUUGCUGGGCCAGUAAGUUAUGGUGGGGAAAUCGGAAUCGGUGGAAUGGCGCAUACCCCAUUUCUGAUAGAUUUUCUCAUUUCAUUAUUUUUCCACCGCGCGUUCCUUUGUUGUGUGUUGCUGUGGUUGGGUUUUCGAUGACUGACUGCAUGUCCGCCACCGGGUAUAUCCCGUACACUAUUGGAUCAAGACUGCUCCGGUGACACAUACACACAAUGGCCGUUUCAGAUGGCCGAUCGGUUUAUGCUGUCAGUCUCCGGGGUCUGUGGGGUUCGGUUUUGUUUUUUUGGUUUUAUUUUCCCGCGAACGUUCUUUUAGUUUUUCGGAAAGCCAAUUAAAACAAUUUGAAAACGGGGCCCCUUGUCGUUUGCUUCCAGUGUGUGUGUGUGUGCCCCCGAGGGAAAAUUGAGGCCAAUUUGAAUUGUGUUAUUAGAAGCGUUUAACGUGUCCACCGUGUUGUGCUGGUAUGUGUGUGUCUGUCACUGUCUGCUGCCAGUUGAUUGAUAUUUUGAUAUGUCCGAUGAUAACCUUGCCGAAAAUGAACCGAACCGAAAAGUCCACCACAGACGCAGAACCACUAGCCUUGUGAUGGGGGGAUGAUGUAUCCCUUUUACUGGAUCUACAGCCACAGUAGUAAUGCCCACUGUGCCUCUUCCAUCGAUCGUGUUGGGAAGAGGUGGUUUGUCUCAGUAGUUAUGACAUAGAAAUAGCAUGUUCAUCUAUUGCUUCAAGCUGCUACCAUUGCCCACUACCCAUCAAUGGGCUACAUAUGUUCGCAUUAUUUCAUAAUGUGUACCCUAUUCCUCCCGUUUCAUCAUUCGCCUCUUCCCCGUUAGUUUCUUUCGCUUACCUGAGAAUCGUUGUGUUGUUUGCAAUUUAAUAUUAAUUUGGUUAUUAUUUUAGAUGACCCUUAAGCACGGUCGUACGUAUCAACCCUCGCCUGUAACGAGCGUUAAUAGAUGAUCGAUUACAAAACAAAAAACCGCGCCACCGUCUAGAUUGAUGUACUGCUGCUGGGCCCGUUUGUUGAGUAGUAAUUUAUUACCACACCAUAAAUACGUUCCCAGCUAGUAUGUACGCAGCAUUUACCCGCUGCGUAUAUGCUGCGUACGCUAAAUGCUGCUCAUUUAUUUUUACUGUCUAGUCUCCAUUAAAGAAUCAAUCCCACACCGCCCGUUUUUUUUUUUUUUGCAUGAUCCUAGGGAGGGAAAUUUGCACGGACGUUGUACCAUUUUUUUUAUGAGCCUCCGGACACUCCGAAGUGUACCACCAGAUAAUGUCCAUUUGUACUGUGCUCUUCAUUCCGACUGGUAAAAUAAACGAAAAUUAAUGCUCCCAUUCGUCUCAUUAAAAGUGUAGUUCCGUUUUUUUUCGCUUUCCCCUGGUAGGGAAAGGGGUGGGUUAGGGGAAAGCUAGUGGCAACUUUGCAUUUAGCACACAUUUAUUGCAUUAUUAACGAGAGACGCGCAGCGUAAAUGCUGUCUGUAUUUGCGUUAGCGGGAACGCGAAAGAGCGCGCGCGCGCCCCAUUAUGCUGUUACGCCAAUGUUUACGAUCGGUGCGAAACGGGUGCUAAUCGACAGUCAAACCCCAUUACUUUGCACUCCACGUUCUCUGCACCAAGGUGUGUGUAGAUUCUCGAAACUUUUCUCGGUGCCGUACUCUGCCUGGUCAGGUAUCACUUAUCUAUAGCCGGGUUGCGGCGCCUACUGCGUCCGUUCGAGUGUGACAAAGCUUAUCCGGUGCAGUUGUGAGUGAGGCUGGAAGAAAAAUCCAGCAUUCGCCGUUUUUUUUUAGUACGAAAGACAAAGAAGUUGCACACGGAAAAUGUAAUUGCAACGCUGGCCAGCAAUAUGCACCUUGCCACACGGGUAUGACUGAUGCGCAAGGAAUGUGUACAUGCCGAUUGUAUGCUAGUGUGUUUUUCUCCCCGUUCUCCAGUGUUUAAUUCUUCUCCAUUAUCUUCUUGGUGCAUUUCUAGAUGGAUUUUCAUACACUUUUUUAUUUAUUAUUUUUUUCAUUCUCCUAUUUCCGGCUGAUGAACACGACGCAUAAUUACUUACGCAUGGACAGUAAACCCAUCAUCCUCGUAUCUUCCCUUUUUCCCUUUGCACCUAGGAAGCCUGGAAAGGGGAAAAGGGCGGUAAAAAUGUAAAUGUGCUAACAAUUCGUUAUUUUUAUGUUUGGCUUCUCGCCACUGGUGGCAGUAAAACCAAAACGGUGCUAACUAACCUUGUACUGAUUCUACGUAGUAAAGGGCUUGUAUGUAUGAAUUAUACGCUGGUAGCGAUUUAGAUAUCAUCAAGUUUUUUUUCCCGAACGGCCUAGCUCUAAGAUUCAUUCAUAAACAUCGUAAGAACAAAAAAACAAAGAUUAGUUGUAAGAUUUUAUCAUGCCGGACAUGUGUUCACCGCGGAGGCUUCACUACUCACCUGGUGGUUUCCAGAAGAUUUACGCACUCCCGUCCUAGGUGUCCUUCCAGGAAAACUAACCAACCUUCAUAUACCUGGUUGACCGACGGGAGGUCCUCCAAAGAAAACGGGAGAAACAUUAAGAAAGCUCUAAGGUGUGAAAAUAAUUAAAAACAUAUCAUCCUGAAAGUCAAUAACAUGGAAAUACGGGAAAAGCACAAAAAGAAUGGAGGCACAGGUAAAAGGAAACUACCGGGGUCUCGGCGCGUUACCUGUUGGGUUGUUUGUUUUCUUUCCCCUGAUACGUAUCGUUACGAUGGACCUUACCUUUAGGGAUUUUUUUUUCUCUCGGCCCUGGGAUACCUGUCCGGAUCUGGCUUCUUCAGGUGGUCGGUAUCCCUUGGAAAGAAUCUACAGGAAGCACCGAUAAUAUAUUCCUUUUCCCUUAACGGAGGCUAGAUAGAUUGAUUGGUGUAAGAAGCGUAAAAAGAAACAUCGUCACAUCGGGACUGUGAUAAAUCACACACCUACCGGAAAUGGAAGUGACUUGACCCCCGGGGAGGCUUGGGAAUGCUAUGUGCCGCUGCAUAAAUGCACACGUAAAUUAAUUCCAUCAAGGACAGCACCAGCAAGUGACAGCAAGCUUUUCUUUAAAUCUGAAAUUAGCAAUAAGCGAGGAAAAAUCAUUCAAGCUUUUGUGCUCUGUGCUGUGUGGAAUGAACACAUUAACGGAGGAGUUAUAUCCAUAUGGUCUAGGGCACGAUAAAAAUGGGAAGAAAUGCAUAUUUCUACUGCAGCUGAGUACAUAAAUCUCGUUUGCAAGUGAGGCGUAAACUCGGGGACGGAUGUAUCCGAUAUGUCGACUUCCGAUAGAACACACCAAUAUGCCGGGCUACGCUCAGGUUCAAGUUUCAAAACCAUUCGCUGGGCCUGUCAGCGCUACAGGAUAGCGGUUGUCGUCCCCGGCGAACAUAAAUAAAGGACUUUACAGCUUUGAACCUUCUUCGUCAGCUGUGGAAUGUUGGCAGGUUUCACUUUCUUGCUUAUGUGUAGGUAGGGAUCGCAUUCUUUUUUCUUCGCUUUUGCAUAGAGACUAAUCGAUUAUAAUUGCUGGUUUUACCCAAGGUUCUUUUGUACUUUGUUCCUAUGGUGAAAUUAGGGAAAUAUUUUUAUAUCUGGGAAAAUCCUACAAAUAUCCAAGAUCACAUCUUUUACAGCCGUGUUCGGUGCAGGUCAUAUACGGUACGAUUGCACACGAUGCUAAGAAACGAAGUUUGCAGUACUGUGUUGGGUGGACUACACCAUCUACCACCACUUUACUGCUGUUUUCCUAACGGCCAGUAGAGACCGACCGACCGGUGGUGCGACAUUGUAAGGUGGGGGCCGAGCAGAAAGAAAACAAUGCAAGCACAAAAAUGUGCCUGCAGUGGAAAAGGAAAAACAUACAGUCAUAGACAUUUGGUGGCCUCUCUGUGAUGGGGUUCGGGGACCAGAAGCAGGAGGAAGGAGGAUGGAUGGUGAUCUCUCAAGGGAGACCCAUAGUGACUCGAAAAAUGCUGUGUUCCGCCAGAAUUGCUUGCGCUUUUGCUGGUACGGUUUUACUGCUUGCUACCCACCCAACACAAACCCCAUGUUUUACCGGCGAGGUCAAGUGUUGCAGAAAUGUUUACCAAUAUAUCUACCACCAACCACCACAGAAAGAGCACCCCUAUCACCGUCCCUGUUGAAUUCUCGACGGGUACUGCCCCCGUCGAGUGUUUCUGUGUUGCUGUGCGAUGGAAAUCGGUUUGAGUUUCGUUGUUUGGAAUUGGUAUUGGCAGGGAAAAAACAAUAAAAAUGCAAUCUUUUGAGUGGAAAAAUAUGUGUUGGUUUUGCAUAGGUUUGAGUUCUAAGAAUUAAUUUCUUGUUAUCAGUUAAAACUUUGUUUUAAAAUAUUAAACUACGCACAUACAACUCAACAAAAAAUGGCACAUAAAUUGCCAAUGUUUUAACUUCCUUUUUAAAACCAAAAAACUACGAAUGUGGUAGUGUGGUGCAACUUCUCUUAACCAUCCCACUUGUACCAUACCACCCCUCCUGAUAGUGAUCAAAUUAGAUCACUCGGAACCGCUUAUUAACCUCGCGCGUUUACAUACCGAGAAUUCGAGAGCGUGCUCGAAAAGGUCAACAUAUCGUACGGAGCAUGUAGCCAGUGUUGAAGGGGUUGGCACAUUUUCACCAUACCGUCUCGUCGUCUCCACCUUCCCCCGUAUCCACGAGCUUUAUGCAUUUAUGGACGUUGUGUACUGUUUUUCGAAGGCGCGGAUAAACCAAACGAUAAAUGACAGGAAGCGUGAAGCGAUCUCGCACUAGUGUAAUGAGGCAACAGUAUGAAAUGUUUGGUGUGAUUUUUGCAGCAUUUCCCUUGCUUCAUAGUUUGCAACAAAAAAAAACCCCCCCGCCGCGGUGCAAUGAUCAAGUGUGAAAAGUGGCAGCAGCAACUGUUUUCAUUUUAAUCGUAUCAAUUUGCACUCCCCCACCAAAUGUGCUCAUUUAUUGUUUUAAUCCAAUUCAGAUUGACGCACAGUUCGUUUAAUAAUAGUAUAAUAUAAUAGUACCGACCGGGAUGGUGGAGUGGAAAAAAGUGUGUAAACGAGUGUGAAAAGUGGAAUUCAACAAAAGAAGAAAAAGAGAAUAUACCUACAGUGUGGCAAAGUGGCAAAUCCUCAAAGCAUAUAUCGCUGGCAAUAUUGGAAAAUUCCCGUCGGCCAACAAAUGUGUGCCGAUUGUUUGUCGUCACUGCAGUGUGCAACCCUUUAGUGCAUUUUGGAGUGCAUCGCGGAAGUGAGGGUGCUAAAAAAAAGAGUAAUAAUAAAGAGAGUCAAAUUCGGUGCGUGUGACAGUGUUGUUUGUUUUGGUUUGUUUGUUGAGUAAAUGAAGUGUAUGAAAUAAUAAAAGGAAAAAAAUGAAAUGAUGUACGUCGUAUCGGCUUUCACACAGUGACGGAUGAAAAUGUACCGAGUGCGUUAGAGGUGCAGUUGUAUGUUUUUUUUCUCCCCACCCGCAACCCUCUAUUUCUGGGUUUCAAUCUACCCUUCCUUUUCGUCCACCUCCAAAAACCUCACCUCCCCUCUACCGUGUGCCACUGAAUGCAGUCGCUGCAAAUUGCAUCCUCGUGCGUGGUGGCGAGGUGCGGAAUUGUGUGUGCCCAGGAAGGGGUGUUAUAUGUUAAGCAGUGCUAAAUUGUAGCCCUAUUUUUCGGAUGGAUAGCAACAUGUGGAUGUGAAGAUGAAAGAUUAAUGAAAAAAAUAAGCACCGGCACUGUGCACUAACGAGCGUGUGCGCGCGCGCGUCGAAACACAGGAGGUUAAGCAGAUCAAUUAUCGGCGGAUGUAUCGGAUUGGAGCUGUGUAAGCGAGAGAGAAAGAGAAAGAAAGGGCAGUGGCAGAAAGGGGUCCGAGAUUAUUGUGCAUUUACAUAAAGCUUCACAUGCAUGCGCACAGAGACCUCCGGAUGGUGGCCGGAAGUGCAUCUAGUUUCCCGAUGCUGUAGAACCAAAUUGCAGCUUGCGGCGUGAUAAACCCUUACAUGUGUGAUCGAGAGAAAUAAAGAGAGAGCGAUAGUUGGGGUUGGGAUUUAUAUCACAAAGCGGAAACUGUUCUUUCGGUUCCCGUUUUUUUACCUUCCCACUCGUCAUCUUCAUCCGGAUAAUUUUAACUACCGUUUGUAGAUUGAAAUAGAAGAAAAAAAACACCCACGCGAACAACAACACACACGGAGGGUCGGUCGAACUUUGAGGACGUAACCUAGACCCAAAACGUUUUGCAAACUGGAACCAUAUGACGUAAGCACGAUGUACGCGUACGCGCAGGGUGGAUCGCAAGGUCCGCCACAUUACGCGACACCGGGCAACGCGUACCUGGCCGGACCGCACCAUCACCAUCCGUACCCGGCCUACCACCACGGUGGUUCACCGACGCCGCCUUCAACCAUCACCUCGUUCAACAAUGUACCUGGCCCCUCGACGCUGCUCGGCCACCAUUACGCCUCGCCACACCAUAUGCCACCGCCGCCGCCUCCGCCCUUACCGAGUGCCGCCAGUGCGGCUGCCGGUGUGGCCGCGGUCACCCACAACCAUCAGGCGGUCGCGGCUGCAGCGGCGGCGGCAGCGGCAGCCGUCGCGGCAGGCGUAUCGCCCAUGCAAACCGACCCGCAGCUAACGGAACUGGCGCCCUCGCUCGGCGGUAUCACCAAACGAAGAAGGUCUGAUGAGGAUACAUCCAGUGGUAACAAAUACAACAGAAUGGACGAAGACAACGUGCAGGACAAGGAGCGCUUCGCCAGUAGGGAAAACCAUUGCGAGAUCGAGCGGCGGAGGCGAAACAAAAUGACUGCCUACAUUACGGAGCUGUCGGACAUGGUGCCGACCUGCAGUGCCCUGGCGCGGAAACCGGACAAGCUGACGAUCCUGCGGAUGGCCGUCGCGCACAUGAAGGCAUUAAGAGGAACCGGCAAUACCAACACGGAUGGGUCGUACAAACCAUCCUUUCUUACCGAUCAGGAGCUGAAGCACCUGAUACUGGAAGCCGCAGAUGGAUUUCUGUUUGUGGCGGGCUGUGAUACAGGACGCAUCAUUUACGUGUCCGAUUCGGUAACGCCGGUGUUGAACUACUCCCAGAACGAAUGGUACAGCGGGAGCCUUUUCGACCAUAUCCAUCCGGACGAUAUUGAGAAGGUGCGUGAACAGCUCUCGACACAGGAACCGGUCAACAGUGGACGGAUAUUGGACCUCAAAACCGGCACAGUCAAAAAGGAAGGCCAUCAAUCAUCGAUGAGAUUAUGUAUGGGUUCGAGACGGGGGUUUAUCUGUCGGAUGCGAAUCGGACCACUAACGCCGGAAUCGAUGGCACUCGGGCAUCUGAACCGGCUACGAAGGAAAAACUCACUCGGUCCGUCCGUUGACGGUCACAACUACGCGGUAAUGCACUGCACAGGGUAUAUAAAGAACUGGCCACCGACGGAUAUGUUUCCAGGUGUAACGAUCGAUCGGGGGCAGGACGAUGAGCUGCACAACACGCACUGCUGUCUGGUGGCGAUCGCACGGCUACAGAUCACCUCCUCCACCACGGCGAACGAUCUGAACUCGAACAAUCCGAACGAGUUUAUCUCGCGCCACGCCAUGUGCGGCAAGUUCACGUUCGUUGACCAGCGAGUGAUCGGUGUGCUUGGGUAUCAGCCGGUCGAUCUGCUCAACAAAAGUUGCUACGAUUUCUUCCACCCGGAUGAUAUUGCUCAUAUGAAGGAAAACUUUGAUCAAGUGCUAAAGCAAAAGGGCCAAAUGUUCUCCGUCAUGUACCGGUUCCGGGCGAAGAACAAGGAGUGGGUUUGGAUGAGAACGCAGGCGUACGCCUUCCUCAAUCCGUACACGGACGAUAUCGAGUAUGUGGUGUGUACGAACAGCUCUGCAAAGGCGCUCCAUUCGUCCCACGAUACGGUAACGGCACCGGAGCAAACAGAAACACCGGUCGCAUCCUAUCCGGCACCCGGCUUAGAUUAUACACUUCCCGGCCGAAGGGACACGACACCGUCGAGCAAUAUCUACAAUCCUCACAAUCUGAUUUCACACUUGCCAUCGCAGCCGCAGACAGCAGCGCAGGCGGCCGCCGCUAGCAGUAUUCAACGACCGGAAAGCGCACACAAUGCGGUGCAGUACAGCUACAAUCCGACCCCAUCGCCAAUACAGUACGGUUCACCGGGAACGCCUAGUGGUGGUGCGACGGGUACGUUGGGGCAUAUUCCCAAAACUAACAAUACCUCGCCAACGCCGGCAGCCACUGCGUGGACGCUGCGACAGCCACAACCCGUCACCGAAGGUUACCAGUACAGUGAACUAAGUCCGAACCGGUCACCGACCGGACCAACCUACACCCAGCUUAACGCAUCUCGUCAAACGUCCACCUUCACACCGUCGUCGCAAGCCGGACCGGGUAUCUGGAGCGGAUGGCAAUCGCACCACCACGGAACCGGACCGGAACCGAUGCAAACGGGUGGAUCCGGUGGUACGACAAAUGGUCCCGGUUCAUCGCACACCUCCGUUGGGCUUGCGCAAGAAAUGGCCACUGAUAACGCCCAGCAGCACAUGCAACAGCAGCAACAACAUCCAGCCCUCCACGGUACCGGGGGUGGUGGCGGAGGUGGAGGCGCUGGAACCGGUGGCGGUGGUGGUGGCGCACCACAUCAUGUGCCACCCCAUCCACAACAUCCGCACGCCCAUCAUCCGGUGCAGCAUCCGCACCAUCCGCACCAUCAUCAUCAUCACCAUCCAGGGCAGAUCCAUCCCGGCCAUCAUCCGGUCGUGGGGCAACAUCCCGGCCAGGGCCACGAACUAACCGAUAUGCUACAGAUGCUCGAUCAGAGCGGGACCACCUCGUUCGAGGACCUUAACAUCCACAUGUUCAACACACCGUUCGAAUGAAACCUGCUCUACUACGGUGGCUACAACAGCUACAACAACAGCAACAACAACAACAAUAACAACUCCACUCCCGGAGUUGAGUCCGCUACACACGGCAACUACUCCAUCGGUACGUCCGCUUCCGCCUAUUCGUCCACCAUCUGCGCUUCCACCGCUUCCAACAACAGCAGCAACUCCGCCACAACAACCGCCUCCGUAAUGGCGGUGGCUGCAGCAGCUGCCGCAGCCGCAGCGGCCAUAUCAUCAACCGCACCUUCCUCCUUCCCGAUGCUGCCGACAGCGGCAGUGGUCGGUGCCGGACGUGGCGAACCGAUGGCACUAGGUGAACCGGUCGGUAGCUUCAAUGCGCUCGGGUACGGCAUGAUGGUCCAUGAACAUAUGUAAAUAGGGAGAAAAACCGCUAGCGAAGGGUCGUGAGACAGAGAGAGAGAGAGAGAGAGAGAGAGAGAGAAAGAGAAGCUAACCAACCACACCACCAAAAAAAACAAAAAUAGCCAGAAAAGAAUGUUAGAAAAAUCGUAUGAAGCGAUGGUGUAACAACACCCCUCGAGUGAACGAGAUCGUUUUGUAACGUGUCUUCUUAGUUCUCUGCCUUUUUUAUAGAACAAUUGUGACCAACAAUUUGAGUUGGUGCUUGCGGCGUUUGUAUUAGGCAGAUUUUAGUUGUUUUUUUUUUAUUUGUUUAGAAAUAAUUUUGUCUCAGCUUAAAUUAAAACAAAUUUAAAAGCUUUGUUUGUGGUUCGUUUUAAAACAAAGCGAUUAUUUGCUCUGUAGUACGCAGUUUUGUGGCACUGUACUUUAGUUCCAAGCAAUCUUAACUUAUUUACCAACCGCGAUCGCAUAUCAAUGCGUGACCUAGCAGUGGAAUUUGAGCUGCAACAGAAAGGUGUUAAAAUGUAUCUUUUAAUUUUCCACACACCACCCCCAAAAACCAUCCCUUAUAGGUUAGUGAGAUUUUUUUACCACGACACACAAACCACUCGCUGGAUGGAAAUGAUGGUGCAAUUGGCUUAUUGGUUGGUUCGCGGAAUGUACCCUAACCACUUCCGUUCCGCUGGUGGGUUGCUUUGUAAGUAACAAAAUCAUCAAACCACGUCAAAAGAACCUAGGAAAAAUCGUCCGAAAUAUGCAGCGUGUACAGUGUAGUUUGUUUUCCUUUUAACGUCUUAACAGUAAUGGAUAUAGAUAUAGAUAUAUAUAUGUAUAAAUUGCACACUAGAGCAAAACAAGAACGAAUAAGAAAGUAGUAAAAAGGAUAAUGCAAAGUGUGAAACGAACGAAAAAUCAGCUUGUUUCAUCUACAUCCUGCUGCAUUAAUUAAAGCUUACACAGGAUAAACUUUCUUUAUUCACCACAUAAACAAAAGCGUGCGCACGAAAAGAAAAGAAAGGUUUAAAACAAAAUUUGCAGCACGUUGCGGCGUAAGCAUUUGUGUAUACACAGCCAAUUGUAGCAACAACAAAAAAAGGCAGAACCGCAACCGAUAUAAGUGUGAUGCGAUUAUACGCAUCAGCAUGAGAAUAACAUGCAUGUGUUACGUAUGCAAGCUAGGAGGGGCGAAAAAAAAACUGCUCUAAAAAUAAUUUAAAUAACCUUUUUGAACGCUAAUUUAAAGUAGAUAAGUAAGUAAAUCUCUAUAUGGUGCGAACGAAAUGGAUUUUGAAAAAAAACAGAAGAAGUGAAAAGCGUGCAAAAGAAAACCCGACGGAUGCUUCAUUGCCAAAUGAACAGAAAUGCGCACCCAUGCGGAUGGUUGUAUGCAAUAAUAAUGUACAUGUUUUAAUUUAAUUUUCCUCGUUAAUGCAACCGUUAGCGGGUGGCAUCAAAUUGUAUAAGUUAGUUAAUUUGUUUACCCACCAUUUGCCAACCAGGGUGGCAAAACCGAGUGGUGGGGUUUAGGUGGUUAGGGGGUGCGAUUUCUUCCGUAUGAACUUUCUUCGGUUCAUUUGUGCAUGUCCCACACUACGUGAGAGACAAGCGUGUGAGCGGAAGUGUGCAACAAAGAAAAGAAAAAAAAACAAUCGGAUACAGAGACAGCACACAUAUUCAUAGUAGCAAAAGCUCUUCAUUGUAUUAUAGUAAGCAUCACAAGGAAGCUUUUCUUUAACUACGCGCGAGGGCAGAGGAAACUUGACCCCAAACCGGUUUAUUUAACUAUCCUUCCCUGCACCGCAAAAGAUAUGUGAAAACUUGUCUUCGUGUCGGACUAAGUUCGCAUUUUUGUUUUUAGAUUCCUCACGUGUAUAGAUCGUUUGUUUUCCGUGUACCGUACACUGAAACUUCCAACAUCAUAAGGAUUCCAUUUUUUAUUUCACCCUUUUUGGCCUUCCGCACGAAGAAAAGCGAUUGCAACAAAAAAAACACCCGAGAGUGUGCUAAAAAAAACCGGUUACGUCCAGCUUAAAAAAUAUCAUUUUAUUGGAACACGAUUGGCACCACCACGUGCGCGAAGACAAAAGUGAAAGAGGCAAAGAAAAACAUGUUAAAAUAUAAUGAGAAAAGUUAUUAGCUUGUUUCGUUUUCUUUCUGUAUAAAGCUGGAAUUAUUUAGCGAUAGGAUUUACCACACAAAAAAAACAGUUGCAAGAAAGGGAAAAAAAGAAAACUCAAAGAAAAACAGCACACAAACAAAAAUCUUCGUACACUAAAAGAAAAUCUGGAAAAAUGGAAACAUGAAAGUGUAAGUGUGUACGCGGAAAGUAUAGAGGGAAAUACACACAAGAAAGGAAAACAGCAUUACUAAUUAGAGGAAGAAAAACUGUAAAACAAAAAAGGAAUGCAUAGGUUAAUACAAAAGUAAAUAGGCAAAAGGAAGCCAAGAGAAUAUCGUUUGUGUACGGGACGAAUGAAUGAAUGAAUAUGCACAUAUUAUGGCAGAUGCUAAAGCGUGAAUAUAUAUAUAUAUAAAUAUAUAAAUGCAUAUAAAUAUAGUUAUAACGAGAAGAACGGAGCAAGAAAAACCAAGAGCGAAUGUGUACUCCUUUUUUAAGUAAAACAAUGUGAAUGAUAUGAGGAUGAAGAGCAAUUUGCAAAUAAGAGAAGUAAAAAAUCCCCCCCAUACACACAUAAAUACAUGGCCGGGGGGGUUGGAGAACGAGAGAAAUGGAAGGAUAGAAGAGAAAAUUUUCAUUCAAAAACACACAAGCAAAUGGAAAUCAUUUGAAUACAAAACAACAAAAAAAACGACAAAAAAGCAUGCAGGAUGGGUAAAAUGCUGUGGGUGAAAUAGGCGAUAUAAAUUACUAAUUCAAGGAAGAAAAUCAAGUUUAAUAUAAUAAAAGAAAAUAUAAAAAAUAA